UUUCCACACCGCCCCUAGCUCGACUUUCGUGUAAGUCACUGAAAUCGAAAACCAGCAGCCGUUUCGUAUGCCCUUAAAUAUCUACGAUGGAGGGUGUUAGGACGUAAAUUCAUCAGGGCGCAUUCACACGUUCUCUUUCCACUGCCGCAUUUCGUUAGAUACUCUGUGCUUUACAAUAUCAUAAUGGCAUCUGAACGUACUUUCAUUAUGGUUAAACCUGAUGGCGUUGCCAGGGGAUUGGUAUCCAAGAUAACUAAGCGAUUUGAACAAAGAGGAUACAAGCUUGUUGCCAUGAAGUUCAUGAAAGCUGACGAAGAUCACUUGAAGAAGCACUAUGCUGACUUAAGCGAGAAAAAAUUCUUUCCUUCUUUAAUCAAACACAUUGGUUCCGGACCUGUUGUCCCUAUGGUCUGGGAAGGUAAAGAUGUUGUGAAGCAAGGUCGAGCUAUGAUGGGUGAAACUGACCCAUUGAAAUCGAAGCCUGGCUCAAUCCGAGGAGAUUAUUCUAUCGAUUUGGGGCGAAAUAUUGUACAUGGAAGUGACUCAGUCGAAUCUGCACAAAAAGAGAUCGAUCUUUGGUUUAAGAAGGAAGAAUUGGUUGACUGGACACAUCCACUUCAGAAUGCAACAUAUGAAUAAUAAAAUUUAUUUGUAAAUACAAAUAACUGCAAUUCGAAAUAUAUAAAUGACGUUUGUCUAAUA